AUGAGGUCAUCUGUACUCAGACUCUGUGCAAAGGUCAAUCAGGCAACUCUCCAAGUAAGUAGGAAGAAUUUGUUCCGGAUAUGUGGUACUAUUGUGGUCGCAGAAAUAGUGCUUGCUGCGUAUGUUGAAGAGUUUGCUCUGCCAACUCCAGAUAUGGUGUACGAUUUCCACAUGAAAUUUUCUCGAGAAUUUGCUGAUUUCGCAGUGGGCAACAAAUAUGGCGCUAAAACUUCUCGUCAUAUUGGUGACAAGUAA